GCUCUUGCUGCUAGAGAGAAGAAGAAGGAAGAAGAAGAAGAGAUGAACUAUUUCCCAGAUGAAGUGAUAGAGCACGUAUUCGACUUCGUAACGUCUCACAAAGACAGGAACGCGAUAUCGCUGGUGUGCAAAUCGUGGUUCAAGAUCGAGAGAUACAGUAGGCAGAGAGUGUUUAUCGGAAACUGUUACGCCGUUAACCCGGUGAGGUUGCUCCGGCGGUUCCCGUGUCUCAAAUCCUUAACCUUGAAAGGGAAGCCUCAUUUCGCUGAUUUCAAUCUGGUUCCUCACGAGUGGGGCGGCUUCGUGCAGCCUUGGAUCGAGGCCUUAGCGAGGAGCCGCGUGGGGCUUGAGGAGCUGAGGCUGAAGCGGAUGGUUGUGACCGACGAGAGCCUCGAGCUGCUCUCGCGCUCCUUCUCGAGUUUCAAGUCAUUGGUGCUUGUUAGCUGUGAAGGCUUUACCACUGAUGGUCUUGCCUCCAUUGCCGCUAAUUGCAGGCAUCUUCGGGAUCUGGACUUGCAAGAGAAUGAAAUCGAUGAUCACAGAGGUCAAUGGCUGAGCUGUUUCCCAGACACUUGCACGACUCUUGUCACAUUGAACUUUGCCUGUCUCGAAGGAGAAACAAAUCUGGUGGCCCUUGAGAGGCUAGUCGCGAGGUCUCCGAACCUAAAGAGUUUGAAGCUAAACCGAGCAGUGCCGCUCGACGCACUCGCGAGGUUGAUGGCGUGUGCGCCGCAGAUAGUUGACUUGGGAGUAGGGUCGUACGAGAACGACCCGGAUUCAGAGUCUUACCUGAAGCUCGAGGCUGCCAUCAAGAAGUGCACCUCGUUAAGGAGUUUGUCGGGGUUUCUAGAGGCUGCUCCUCACUGUCUCUCAGCGUUCCACCCAAUAUGUCAUAACCUCACUUCACUGAAUCUUAGUUACGCAGCCGAGAUCAAUGGCAGCCACCUCAUUAAGCUUAUUCAGCACUGUAAAAAACUCCAGCGGUUAUGGAUAUUGGAUAGUAUAGGUGACAAAGGGCUUGUAGUGGUAGCUUCUACAUGUAAAGAGUUGCAAGAGCUUAGGGUUUUUCCGUCUGAUUUGCUCGGUGUAGGCAACACAGCUGUGACCGAAGAAGGUCUAGUCGCCAUCUCCGCAGGUUGCCCUAAGCUUCACUCGAUUCUCUACUUCUGCCAGCAGAUGACAAACGCAGCGCUCAUAACCGUUGCCAAGAACUGUCCCAAUUUCGUCCGGUUCAGGCUCUGCAUCCUGGAGCCUAACAAACCCGACCACCUGACUUCUCAGCCUCUAGACGAAGGCUUCGGAGCAAUCGUGCAAGCCUGCAAGAACCUGAGACGGCUCUCGCUCUCGGGUCUCCUCACAGACCAAAUCUUCCUAUACAUUGGGAUGUUCGCGACUGAGCUGGAGAUGCUCUCCAUAGCUUUUGCAGGCGAUACAGACAAAGGCAUGCUGUAUGUUCUGAAUGGUUGCAAAAAGAUGAGGAAGCUAGAGAUUCGGGAUAGUCCGUUUGGGGACACGGCGCUUCUUGCUGAUGUGAACAAGUACGAGACAAUGCGAUCCCUUUGGAUGUCUUCGUGUGAAGUCACGCUCGGGGGAUGCAAGAGGCUCGCACAGAAAGCGCCGUGGCUCAAUGUAGAGAUCAUUGACGAGAACGAUAAUAACCGGAUGGAGCAGAACGGGCACGAGGAAAGUCAGAAGGUGGAUAAAUUGUAUCUGUACCGGACUGUGGUUGGGACAAGGACUGAUGCGCCGCCAUUUGUGUCGAUUCUCUAG